UGAAGUGCUAUGUAAAAUGGUUUCGUUGUCUUUAGAUAUUUUACCGAAUAUUAUUACUCGUGUGAAUAGUCAAAAAACGUGAAGAAAGCAUCUUUGUUAAACUCAAAGGCACCUUACUCUACCUAGGACGGAUGAUUGUGUUGAAAGUGUAAUGUUAUUAUUCAGUCAGUUUUUUCUUUGGUUUUACGAGGUUAUACAUGCAAUAGUUUAAAAGAACUGGAAGUUCCACUGCAGGCAUUACAACUCUAUAAAUACUAUUGAUAACAGAAGUUCCACGUCUGGUAAGAGUGCAUCUUCGUAUGUUUGACUAUUGUAGAGGAACCCAAAUAAUUCUAACCUCGUUCAACGUCGCCUUCAACUUCAACCAAGAAGCUGUUAUGAAUAAGUGGCAAGAGAAAUAAUCUGCAGUACUAUAUAAGAAAAUACACAUCUUUACGUGUAUUUGCAAAGUUGUUUUCGUAAUAUAUGAAAACGAAGUUAUUUCCUGCCUGUUUUUCAGGAAAUGAAUGGGAAUUUAAACUGAAAGAAACAUUGAUAUGGAAUGCAAGAAGUUCCAGCCAGAAAUUUGUUUAGGCUACAAUGAUGGGGUUCUCUUAUGAAAAGCGAGCCCUGAAAAGACCACGACUUGGUCCUCCAGAUGUGUAUCCUCAGGAGCCAAAGCAAAAGGAGGAUGAGUUGACUACAUUAAAUGUAAAGCAUGGGUUUACUACUGUGCCCCAGCUUUCAGAUGAAUUUGGGACAGCUAGAAAUUGCAAUAUUACUGCUUCAAAGGUUGGAGCUUAUUUCAAUGCAAUUCUGACAAAGAAAGAGGAAUUGAAUACUUUGCCAGAUACAGGACGCAAACGUCAACAAAUAAACCCCAAAGACAACUUCUGGCCAGCUACAGCAAGGACAAAGAAUGCUAUUGAAGCUUGGUUUAAAGAUCUUGCUGGCAGCAAACCUCUCAGCAGUUUAUCAAAAAAGGCUCCUAAUUUUAACAAGAAGGAGGAGAUUUUCAUUAUGCUGUGCGAGUAUCAGGUUCCAAUGCUACGAGCAGCAUGGUUUAUAAAGCUGAGUUAUGCGUACACAGUGGCUGUGUCUGAAGUGAAGAUUAAGAAACGUCAACUGUCUGAUCCUUCUCAAGAAUGGACAGCCACCCUUAUUAAGUUUCUGAAGGACCAACUUAACAAGCUUCAGGAUUUCUACCAUCAGUCUGGAGGAAAUUUUAGUGGAUAUGGAAGUGGUGGGACUGCAAACACUGCAAAUAACAGUGGAAGUACAGGUGGUAAUAACACUUGUACUACAAGUAGCGCCACAAGUGGUAACAAUGCUGCUGGCGGUGGUAGUGUUACCGGAGCUUCAGUGAACAAUGGUUCUUCAGCAAACACAGUUGUACCGUCUGGUAGUGGAAGUUCGAGUACAAAUACAAGUGUAAAUACAAGCACUGCUUGUAGUACAAUCCAGCCGUCAGCUGUAAAUUCCACGCAAACCCCUGCCAGUGCAGCUUUACCUACCAUGACAGAGGAUCAGAAACUGGCACAACGGCAGUGGCAGUAUUGUAUCCAGUUGGCCAAAUAUCUUUAUGAGGAAGGUCUCCUUGAACGGCAGGAAUUUCUUCAGUGGAUAUUGGAGCUGUUGGAUAAGAUGCGAUCCACUCCAUCAGAUGAUGGGAUUUUGAAGCUCGUGUUACCCCUUGCAUUGCAAUAUCUGGAUGAGUUUGUGCACUCAGAGCUUCUGGCUCGCAAGUUAGCUUAUUUUUGUGCUAAGAAGCUUGCACAGUUGUGUUCUGUGGCUAGUGAUACAGCUGCUGUCAGUAUGGCUUUUUCCUCCUCACCGGCAUUGCCACCAUCUGCUUCACCACAGAGCCCUCUCUUGCCAGGAAAUAUUGGUGUACUAUCACAAGGAGGACCAACACAGAUGGUGCCAGUUAACCCAUUAAUGGUGACUUUUAAUGAAUAUAUGAGCUGCCCACAUCACCGAGAUCUGGUAUUAGGAUUGAGUGCUAUUUUACAGGCAAUAACUCUUGAUUGCCCAACAGCCCUUGUAUGGAAUUGUGUAGGAGAGGGCAAAUCACCAUCAGUUUUGAAUGGUUCACCAUUAGACCAUCUGCCUUGCUCGCCCUCAACACUUCCAAUGCCUCAGAGGGCCACCAAUCCUGCAGUUAGACGUCAGUUGCGUGCAGCUGAGGAUCAUGUUCGCAAUCGAAGUAGAGCGGCUGAAGGACGUUGGUCUUGUGAUAAGUGGCAACAGUCAUCUGCAGGACGAACGACGAGUAAGGUUCUCACUGCACUUGAUGCUUUGGAUAGGCACAGUUUUGACAGGAUGGAUGCUACUAAUUCCCUUGAUACACUCUAUGCCAAAAUAUUCUCACCUCCUGGAACCAAAGAAUCCAGUUUGACAGGUACCAGUUGUGGGAAUAAUAGCAACACUAGCAACAAUGGCAGUAAUAGUACCGUUUCAAAUAAUGGAACCAGCGGUGGAGACCCGUUAAGAGAGAACAGAGCAGACUAUAGUCUUCUUCAAGAUGAAGCUGUUGUCCAGAUCUUGUGUGAAUGGGCAGUGUCUAGUCAGCGCUCCGGUGAACAUCGAGCCAUGGCUGUUGCAAAGUUAUUAGAGAAGAGACAGAGUGAUCUCAUGUCUGGGGAAGUCGAUGCUGCAGAUGAAAAGGACUCUGUUUCAUCAGGAAAUGGGGCACCAACUGGACUUCCUGUGUUUCAGCCCCUUCUCAUGCGAUUCCUGGAUAAUGAUGCUCCAGUUUUAGAAGAUAACCCAAGUGCACAGAACCGUGCCAUGUUUACAAACCUGGUACACCUUUUCUCUGAACUGAUACGCCAUGACAUAUUUUCUCAUGACGUGUACAUGUGCACGCUUAUCUCUCGUGGAGAUCUUAACACGGGUGGACCAACUAUGGCCAGCUCUCAUCAUCCAACCAGCAACAAACCUGCCACUCCAGCUGAGAGCAGGGGAACGGUCAACAACUCUGGCAUACAAGAUGAUGACGGAUCCUUGUUUCCUGGAAUUGAUCUGAAACCUAGCAAGUUGGAUGUUCAGGAUCAUGGUCGGAACAUGGAUUAUGAUGACAGUAAGAUUGAUGAUGACUUGGACAAACUGUUGCAGCAUAUCAAGGAGGAGCAGCAAAAUUCGUUGGAUGCCCCAGAUUCUCCUAAAGAUGAUGGCGUGCCUCCUGGCUCAUUGGUGGCUCCACCAAUGGCUUCUGUUACUCCAGUGGAGAGAGCAGAAACAGGAGAGAUGAAGUCCAGGCAUCUGCUUUAUACUACACACUUUCCUCUGCCACUGUUGAUUUUGCAGGAUGAACCUUGUAGCUUCCAUGACUGCAAUCAGCGUCAUGUAUUAUUGUACGGAGUUGGAAAAAUCAGAGAUGAGGCUCGACAUACUAUUAAGAAGAUAACUAAAGAGCUCUGCAGACUUUUUAGCAAGAAGUUCAGUAUUGAUGUUUCAGAAGGUGCAAAACUGAAGAAACAUUCGCGUGUUGAGUUCAGCUUUGAAGCAACUACAGCAAAAGUACAAGGACUCUCAUACUGUGACCGACAUGUUGUCACAUGGCAGUGUGCAUUGACAGUGAUAGAAAUGUUGAGUUCAUUUGCUAGUGGCCCUUCCAGCUACUUACCUGUCCAGGAACAUGUUGCCUUUUUGUUUGACCUAAUGGAAUUAGCGUUCAAUAUUUAUGGCCUUAUAGAUGUCUGCAUCCAGAUCCUGAAAGAGCUGCCUGAAAUUGAAGCACAUUUGCAGGGAAAACAGUCUACUCUUAUGAGAAGUUACACUACAUCCCUCAGUUUGUAUGUUGUUGGUGUUCUGAGGAGAUACCACUGCUGUCUUCUAUUGUCUCCGGAGCAGACGACAGCUGUGUUUGAGGGUUUGUGUCGUGUAGUGAAGCAUGUGACAAACCCAGGGGACUGUUCAUCAGCUGAACGAUGUGUUCUAGCUCAUCUGUAUGACCUGUACUCUAGUUGCAGUCUUCUCAAAUCAAAACCUCAUUGUGUCGAGCCAUUUGGAAAUGCUUAUCCCAAGAUACGACAGGCUCUUUACUCCACGGUUCAGCCAUCUAGUUCAAACCAUGUUUGCAAUGCACAGUUUAUGGCUGAUGUAUUCAGUAAUCCACGCCGGGGAGGUAAAAUUGAACCUCAUUGGGCUCGACAGUUAGCAGAGACGCCCAACAAUCGUUACAGUUUUGUGUGCAACGCGGUUGUUGCCGUUUGUAAUGAGACUGAUAAUGAUCGUCUGAAUGAUCUUGCUAUUACGUGUGCUGAGCUUACAGCAUGUUGCAAUUCACUUUCUGCUGAAUGGCUAGGUGUUUUGAUGGCACUGUGUUGCUCAUCCAACCACUCCUCACAUUUUAUUGAUGUGUUGACUCAGGUUGAUGUUCAGGACUUGUCAAUUCACAACUCACUUGCAGUUUUUACAUCAAUUCUUAUAGCUCGACAUUGUUUUUCAUUGGAAGAUUUUGUGGUCCACAUAGCACUUCCAUCAUUAGUAAAGGCGUGCAAUGAAGGUAGAGGUGAUGCUGAUAUAGAAGCAGAAGCUGGAGCCAGGCUGACUUGCCAUCUUCUGUUAAGAUUAUUCAAGACUGUUGAGUGCCCUCAGCCUGCCCUCUAUUCACUUGGCACAUCACCACACCCCAUACCCUGUGCCUCAACCAGUAUUGGCUACAGUAUCAAACUGAGCUGUGAUCGCCACCUGCUAGCUGCUGCCCACAACAACAUAAGAGUGGGGCCAGUUCUUGCUGUUCUUAAGGCAAUUUUAGUAGUGGGAGAUGCAACAGCACGGGAGGGUAAGACCCCAAGCAGCAAGAACAAACCAGAGCAGUCACAACAGAUGCAUUCAUCUAGCACUGGCAGUUGCAGCAAUAAGCCUCCAAUCUCAGGUUCAUCAGGUGGCGAGCUCAGUAUUAGUCAUAUCCUGGGUACAAGUGACAUUCUAGGAGGUGGGGACGAUCCGCUGCUAGAUCUGGGGGUGGUUGACGUGGAACCUGCGACACAAGCCGGACAAAGGCCAAUAGCAUCAUCUGUAGGGGGGACAGCCAGUACAAUGGAGACCGCCGCAGGUUUAUCUGACUUUGCUCAACAUGUCCUGCGGCAGAUCUGUAGUCAGGAGUGGGUGUUGGAACGAUGUCUUCAAAAUCCUGAGGAGCUUUGUCACACUGAUAUGCUACUGGACAGUAUGCUGACACCUAAACAGGCUCAGCGUCUUCUUCAUAUGAUUUGUUAUCCAGAGACCACAGCUGCCACAGAGGAAUCACUUGACCAGAGACAUAUUAUUGCUAGGAUUCUGGAGAAUCUUGACCAAUGGACAUUACGAAUGUCCUGGUUGGACCUCCAGCUGAUGUUCACACAGUUUCCCCCUGGCUCUAGUGAAUUGAAUCAGUGGUUGGACACAGUGGCCAAAGCAGCUAUUGAUGUGUUUCAACUUACAACUGGUGGAGUGAGCAGUGGUUCAGAUGGCAAGGAAGAGAAGCGAAGUGGCGUGAGGCCAAGCAAGCCCGGCUCAAUAUGGCUCGUGGCUCCGUUGGUGUCCAAACUACCAAGUGCGGUGCAGGGCAGGGUGCUAAAAGUUGCAGGACAAGUUCUUGAGAGUGGGAACUGGUCAUCAAAGAACCGUGACAAGGAACGGAAUGUCCACCGCAGUUCAUCACUUCUGAGCCAUCAGCCAUUCUUGUCAUUGGUUCUGACUUGUUUAAAGGGUCAAGAUGAUCAGCGAGAAGGCCUGCUUACUUCUUUACAUUCUCAACUUAAUCAGUUCUUCCUGCUGUCUAAAGAUGAAAGGCUGUCGAAUUAUGAAGACCCUAGAGGACGAGCACUGAUGCAAGAUGCGCUUCAGUUGCGGUUCAGUCUUGUUGGAGGAAUGUUUGACACAAUCCAGCGCAAUACAGCUGUUACCACAGACUGGGCCAUUCUUCUUGUACAGCUCAUCAGUUACGCAGUCAUUGAUCUUAAUAAUAAUUCGGAGCUAUUUACAACUGUGAUAGACAUGUUGGCAACGUUAAUACACUCAACACUUGUCUCAGAUUCACAGUCUGAAAAGGAGGAGAAUCGGAAGCACUAUCAGAACCUCAUGAAGAAACUGAAAAAGGAAUUGGGAGAUCGUUCCUCACCAUCAAUUCAGCAUGUUCGGCAAUUGUUACCAUUGCCAAAGGUGACGGCGGAAGUGGUAGUCUGUCAGCCAAUGGGCUGUCUCACUGAUACAAAAGGAAAUAAGAUCGCAGGUUUUGAUUCUAUAGACAAGAAACAGGGUUUGCAAGUAUUUGAGAAGCAGAGAGUAAGUCCUUGGGAUCUGUUAGAAGGUCAUAAAAAUCCAGCUCCUCUGUCAUGGUCUUGGUUUGGAGCUGUUCGCAUGGAACGUAAGCCUUUAUGGUAUGAAGACACGCAUAGACUUUUAAAAUACCAUACUCACUCUUUGUUGAAGAGCCCAGCAUACUUUUUGGAUCCACCACCACUCCCGCCAGAAGAACUUGAUCCUCCUCAGGAGAAACCAUGUUCAUGUGUGUACUGCAACCAGUUAAAGGAUGAUGGAAAAGCAGACACUCCGAACUCUUCUGACCAGUCUCCAAGAGGCCCUGGGGGAAAUAAGAGACCAAAGGCCCAGCGAAGGAGACGUCCAAAAGCUGGUGGACCCAGUGCUCCAUCAAAUGGGCAGCCUGUAAUGCCAGGCAUGCCGCAGCAAGUGCAGGUAUAUAUAGAACAGUGUCUAGGUGCGGCGGACUGUGGUCAACCACCACAACCGCCCGUGCCACAUUUGACGUACGCAAACCAGGGAGGGAUGUUUCCAACACAGUCUCAGUGGAGCUACAGCCAGCAGCAGCAACAGCAGCAACAACAACAACAGCAGCAACAACAACAACAACAGCAGCAGCAGGGCUACUAUUCAUCACAACAGUUACCAGCAGUAGGUGGUCCACGGUUUGAGCGUCCUCUGAACCAGUCAAAUCCCAAACAGGCUCUGUCACAGAUGCUGCGGAUGAGGUUGCCAUCAAACCAGUACUUAGGAACACAGCAGCCGCCUCCAGGAUUUCCACAGAGUAUACAGCGGCAGCAAUUCAUAAGACAGCAGUUACGAGCACAGCACGGCGCACCAGGCAUGCAGCCACCUCCUCAGCAAGGAAUAUUCCCUCAGCAGCAGGGUGGUCCCACCAUGUAUACAGGCAUGCAACAAGGGAUGAACCAGAACUAUGCUGGAUAUGGAGGACAACCUGGGUCACAGAUGGUGUCACAGCAGCAGUUGAUGGGACAUGCUGGACAGGGCAUGAUGGGAGGGUUCCCAGGACAGCAAGGUGGAGGGUUUGUGUCUCAGCAGCAGGCCCCAGGUAUGAUGGGCUCUGGUGGACCCAUUCCUCCCCAGCAGCCUAGGGGAGCAGGAGAAUAUAUGGGCCCUCAAGGUGGCAUGACAGCCCAGCAGAGAGCCAUGGCAGUGCAGCAGGGUGCAAGACCUCCAUACUUACAGGCUCCAAAUGUAACAAUGACUACAAUGGGUGGUCCCAUGGGUCAACAGGGUCAAGGUCAGCCACAGGCAGCACCUCCAUAUGGCCGUGCAGGGGGAGGAGGACCUGGUGGGACUCAAGUACCCCAACCUCCACAUGCUACACAGCAACAACAACAAAAUCAGCAGUUCCAGCAGCAGCGAAUGAGGCAGCAGAUGAUGGCGCAACAACAACAGUCAAACCAGCAAGCACCAGCUCUGGUGGCGCAUCUACAGCGACAACUGUCUCAGCAGCAACAGCAGUCUGGUGGCAACCAGCAAAACCAGCAACACAACCCAUACUCCCACCAGCCUCCACCAUAUUGAAUUAACUUCUCAUACAUUUUAGGGACAACAUUUCUUAGUCAUGCAUGUCCCUGAGGUAUGUAUUCUUGAUCAGUUCACUUAUGGGUAAUAUCAGUUCUUUAUGUGGGAAAGAAGGUAUAAGUGAAGGUAAGGAGUGGCUGUCUGUUUGUUUUAAACUUGUAUGAGCAAAGUAACUUCUGUGGAGCAUUGAGUUGUGUGCAGUGACAUUGCCUUGAACACCUGGUCACAGGUAAUUGAAAUAUUUUUAAUUACAGACCUCUUAAGUACUCUUUUCACUUAUUCGGAUGUUUUACUUCUAUAAUUUACAUCAUGAUAUUGCAUCUUUGAUGUAUUUAAUUUAUCAUAUUCCAUUUCUUAUUUUUAUUUCAUGUCUAAAGAAUUAAAAUUAUUACAUCUGAAAGGUUUUUUGACUGAUCAUUGAAUAAGUGAUAAAUAUAGUAUUAUUUAGAUGGGGGUGGGACUAGAUACCUCAAGAUACCAGCUUCUUGUAUAUUUCAAGAAAUGUUCUCAUUUUGUACUUACUAGUCAAAGUGGCUGACUUACAUACAAAAUUGUUUUAUACCAUUAUUGCUACACAAGGUUUUAUUCUCUAAGCUAUCUAACAGAUCGUUUUCAAAUGUACCAGAAAAGACUAAUGGAUCUUUAAGUUUUAAACUGCAUUGGAUAUAAUGUGAUUUGGAUUGGACUAAAAAGAACUUGUGGGAACAACAGUUUUACAGUUCUACAAAUAUGUUAAUGUUGUAGGUACUUUGAUAUAAAAUAACAACAGUUAUUAAAUAUUCUGAGUAUUAUUGGCAGCCAUCUUAAUUCACUGGAAGAAAUGACUAGCAACAGCUACCUGAUGUCAUUUCGUGUUUGUUUCUUUAUUGUGUCAGUGCUGUGCUAAUGUACAUGUUUGAAAUUAAGUCACAAAUUUACCAUGUGCGAAGACUUCUGUACCUCGUAUACACACUGCAUCAGUAUGGGUACGGCAGCACUGCAUGUAUUUCGCUUGGAGGUUGUAGAGUAGUGAGCCACUUGGCGGGAACGCGAUUGUAACCAACAACAGAAACCUUAUGUAGACGGCCGCACUGACCCGCCUGCCUCGAAGCUCUCCGCUACCCGCCCCGCUAGCAGAACGAACCUGUCGGUUAAAAUCGCUCACUACCUAGCGGGAUACAACCAAAAUCAGUAGUGUGUAGCCUUGAGUAAUUUAUCUUGAGUGCAACUACGACAGUGGAAGACGUUUUGAUCAGCGCUGUGUUUCGUAGAAGGCCACUGUGGGAUCCAAACGAUGAUUUACAUAAACAUACUGCGUUGUUGAGGAGAGAGUGGGAAGAAGUUGCUAAAGAAACAGGAAACUAUGUGUCACAGUUACAACAAAUCGUUCUUCAGGAGAAAUUUGGUUUUUUCUUGUGUGAUUGUCCAUCAGUUUCUCCAAGAGACGAUCAAAUGUGGCUGUUGACAUCCGUACGUACUCAAAAAAUUAGUCAUUAAAUUUCCGUGCAUCUCUAUAUAGAUUAUUAAACUCUCCUAAUGAAUUCGGGCGCCCAUCACAAAUCAGAAGAUAACGUCAUCAAGCUUCAAAGCUGUGUUUUCCAGCAAUGAAAGUUUCUUGGAUAGCUUCAAGAGAGCCAUCCUUCCUGCUUACGCGCACUGCACCUAGCACGCUGCCGACGAGGAGGUGCAGUGCGGACAGUCUCCCGCAUCCCGCAACCUGCUAUGCAUUCAGCUACCCUCGAACCUCCAAGAAAAACGUGUGCAGUGCAGCCAUACCCUGUCUUCAGAAUUCAGAAGGCCAGUUGUAAUUUAACAGUAUUUUAAAUUAAGGAUUUACGUAAGUUUUCACUGGUGUGUUAUGUGUUAUAUUUUUCUGAUAAAAUAUCUUCAACAUUUUUAAACACAUUGUGUCAGACUAGAUGUUUCCCAUGUUACUUAUAUAAAUGGCGUGUCUUUACUUUUGAGUGCUAUAAAGAAGUUAUUCUCAUGUCUGAGAAAGGUUUAUAGGAUUAACGUAAAACCUGAUUCAGCACGCUUAAUCACCCACUGUCCAAAUUUAAAAGUUAGGAUUGAUUUUUGUAAAAAAAAAGUCUGAAUGCUGGUUCCUUGUACUUGAUUCUGUCUCUGGUACAUGAUUUUGAAGUACGUUUGGAGGGGAGGACCAUUUGUUCUGUUUUAUUUUGUCUUGUCUUUUAAAAUGUUAUUAAACACUUUUUGUGUUAUCCUUUGUUAAAGUUGGUAGGUGAAGUGUUUAUCAUGUUUGAUGGAACAUGUGAGUAAAUAUAAAAUAUUUGUAUUUACUUUUGUGUCUGACUUACAAUUUAGAAGAUAAGAUUCUCUUGCGCAUACAUAGCUUGGUAUCUUGGCUGUGACUGAAGUUGGUCUUUGAACUGCCUGGAACACACUAGUGGAAAGAAACUUUUUUGUCCUGUGUUCUUUUUUAUCCAGCUUACCAUUUAGAAGAUGGUCCACAGUUUCAAUCCUUGGCCCAUUUUGAGAAUUGCUUACUAAUUUGGGUAGUAGCUAGUAGAUGUUUGUAUGUAUAUUGAUUUUUGUAUCAUAAUUCUGUCUGGAAGUGCCUUGAAAUGGUAGACAGACAGCUGGACAGACACAGACACUUGUGAUUUAUUGUAUAUAUACAUCUCUCACAUUUGGUAAUUUGGUAAAACUUUUGAUUGAAUUAUUUUAUGAGCCCUGAUUAUAACAGUUGGAAGAACUAUGCCAUGUCAAUAGAUUCUCUUUUUCUUAUAACACAGGAUGACAAAAACUCAUAAGUACAAUUUCUGAAUGCCUGUAUCAUGUAUUAGAUCAGGGGUCGUCAACCUGGUCCCUACCGCCCACUAGUGGACGAUUCAAGCUUUCAUGGUGGGCGGUGGGGGUUUUUGUCUGUUGUUACAAAUUUUGUUCUUCCUCCAUAUAUCGAAUACAUUGCUAACAACUUCGCGAGUUUGACUUUUUAAAAUAUGCUUUUGCAAUUUACUUUUGAAUUCCAUCUCUAAACUUUGGAUAUAGAUAAUAAUUCACCGGACACUUCUCGAAGUAUACUCGUGAACGAGGGAGCAGCGAAUGAGCUCCGUAGCCAAAGGCACGAGUUUAAUGCGUAUAACCACCGGCCAUCACUCGGUCUUCGAGCUGUACCGCUUUCAUGGUGGUGGGCAGUACGUGCGGCACCGGUGGGCGGUAAGGAAAUUUUACUAUUAACAAAGAUACAAAAGUGGGUGGUAGGUAUAAAAAGGUUUGACGACCCCUGUAUUAGAUUCACAUCAGUUUUUCUUUUGCCUGUGCUGCAAAAUAAUAUAACAAAGACAUGCGUUCAGCUGUUCACUACUUUCAGAAUUGUUGCAGGGAUGUAAAGAGUAGACAAUAAUUUAAUCGUACAUGGCAACAGUAAGUUUUAUGUAAAUAACAACAAAUUAAUAACUUGUAUGGUAAUGUAACCUUCGUACAAUGUAAGAUGAUAAAGGAAGGGUUUGUUAUAAGACCAUUAACCAACACUAUUUCCAAAAUAUUCAAGGUCAUUGCCACUUUUAGUUGUGUGUACAGUUGAAAUGUGUUCUUGAGUAUGCGCAUAUGGGAGUGAAAUUAAUUCUAUUCAUGUGUGCCUCAUUUGCAGGCUAUAGUACACACUGUAUUUAAAUUCUUAAUUACCACACAUUUUUUUUGGAAAAUUUUGUCCUAAAAUUAGAGUUUUAUUAUUAAAUGGUGAAUUUUGGAAUUGAUGAAUUUACUGCAAAUUUAUGAUAGUGUCCCUUUUUCAGUGAUGUCAGUGGUGCUAUUUUUGCCCAAUGAAUGUAAAUUCUUUUUGCAAGAAACAGCACAAUGAUAUUAAUACAUAUUCUUAUGCUGAAUGCAUAACUUUAAAGGCAAAUCAUAAUUUAAUACCCACUAAAUUAAUUAUGUUCAGAUGUUGAAAAUAUAGGCAGUUAUAUGCUGAAACAUUUAUACAUAUGUAAUGUGUAGAGCUAAUUAUGUACAGAACAAUGAAAUUAUAAGGUACAGUUAAUGUUUUAAAUUUCGUCAUAAAUUGUGCAUGCUAUCUUUUAUUAGCAAUUAGUAUAGACAAUAUAACAUAGUACUUUGUGCCCUUCAGAUAUAAAACAGCAGGUAAAGAUGAUGACAUAAUGAAUUUCUGAAACAUAUUUCUUGUUGAUAUUGUCUGGGGACACUUUCUUGACCAUGAAUUAUUUUGAAUUUGAUGCUGGAUGUACUGUGUUUACUGUCAGAUUAUAAUGUCUCGUGAGAAAAAUUGUAAUUCUCAAAUAUAGAUCAGUAAACAUGAUUUAUCAUCAAAAAAUUUAUACUUUUAAUAACUUAUAAAUGUCUGAAAUUGACAUUUGUAUUUCUCGGUUAGUCCCUCUGUAUUCUUCAAUCAGCUGUGGAAAAGAAAAGUAACGACCUACUUUCCUUCAUUAUUACCACAAAAUUCAUGAUUGUAACUUUAGAUUAAUAACAUUAUGUUUUCAAAACAUGAACUACAGAGUUAAAUUACAUUGCCACCGCUUCAUUUCUUGAUACUAGAUACAAGGAUUUAAAAGUAAAAUUAUCACAUAUUAAGCAUGUGAUACCACAGAUACCAGUACAACCAUACCAUUUAAACUCUAUCAUUGUUUCGACACAACUCAUUAUUCUUAUUUUGUUAUUCUUGAAUAAUUACUUAAAGUGUGCAUGUAAUCACAUGAUAAAACAGUUAUUUAUUCUGUUUUACAUAAAUAUGCCCAAACUAAUGUUCACAAAAACAGAAAACAUUUUAUGCUCAAAAAUAUAAAAUUUAAGGUAUAAUCCUA